AUGUGUAUUCAUGAUGAGGCAAUCCCGCAUUGCAUUGACAUGAUUGAUCAAACCACUCUUGGGCACCGUUUUAUCUAUCGCGAGUUCGGCCAGAGAGCUAGAGUUGGAUGGCAGAUCGGCCCUUUCGGUCAUUCUGCAAUCCAGGCUUAUUUGCUUGGUGCGGAGCUAGGAUUUGACUCGCUGUUCUUUGCACUGAUUGAUUACCAAGAUAGAACUAAACGGAAAAAUAACAAGUUGCUUGAGGUCGUUUGGCGGGGAUCUAAAUCACUUGGCUCAUCAUCACAGAUAUUUACUGGGAUAUUCCUUGUCCAUUAUAACCCUUCGGAUGGCUUCUCAUUUGAAGUUAAUGAUAUGUCCUCGCCAAUUCAGGACGACCUCACCCUCUUUGACUAUAAUGUUGAAGAACGUGUCAACGGUUUCGUUCAAGCUGCUAUGAUACAGGAACUCGAAGAUGGCAAAUUACUGAUUGGGCUGGCUCACCUAUAUGAGUGGGUCGUGUUUGGAUUCAUGGGAAAAAAGAUUGGAGAAGAUGAAGACUAUUCUGUCACACCAAAUGUGGAACUCGGGAAGCUUUUCUCUGACCGUAAGAUAAGCAAGAUUGCGGAAAUGAAUUUGUCAGCAAAUCAAGAAAGAAGCGAGUGGAGAAGAAGAGACUUGAUUGGAGGGCAAAAGAAGGGUGUAAUGAGCAAUAGAAUGAAGAUGGUUUGA